CAACAAGUUUUGGUUUAAAAGAAGGAAGGGUGAGUAAAUCGAUCAGCGCGACACAACCGAAGGCGAGUGGGAGCCCGUAGUUAUGUCAGGGCUUCACAGAUCUUCAAGCGCUCCAUUGAAGAACGGCCUUCCUCCUCAAGAACUCCUCGAUGAUCUCUGCAGUCGCUUUGUCUUGAAUGUUCCCAAGGAAGAUCAACAAUCAUUUGAAAGAAUCUUGUUUCUGGUUGAGUAUGCACAUUGGUUCUAUGAGGAUAAUACAGUCGAGAAGAAUCCAUCUUUGAAAUCAUUUACGCUCAAGGAAUUCACAUCUUUAAUGUUCAAUAGUUGUGAGGUUCUGAAACCCUAUGUUCCUCAUAUUGAUGAUAUAUUCAAGGACUUUACUUCCUACAAGGUCCGGGUUCCUGUAACCGGAGCAAUAAUUUUGGACCGAACGUAUGAAAAGUGCUUACUGGUUAAAGGUUGGAAAGGAACCAGCUGGAGUUUUCCUCGGGGCAAAAAGAAUAAGGAUGAGGAAGAUCAUGCAUGUGCCAUCAGAGAAGUCCUGGAGGAAACAGGUUUUGAUGUGUCUGAAUUUCUUGACAAAGAUGAGUACAUUGAACUUAUAUUUGGGCAGCAGCGGGUGCGCCUUUAUAUAGUUGCUGGUGUUAAAGAUGACACUUCCUUUGCGCCACUUACCAAAAAGGAGAUCAGUGAAAUUGCAUGGCAUCGACUAGAUGAUCUCCAAGCCGCAAGUGAUGAUGUGAUAUCACGUAGUGUCACUGGCCUUAAACUUUACAUGGUUACUCCAUUUUUAAAGUCGUUAAAGGCAUGGAUUUCAAAGUAUGCACCUCCAGUUGCUUCAAAAUCUGAUGCUUCCCACAGAGGAUUUAGUGUUUGGAAGGCCAAAAAUAGUUCUUUGGGAAGCAGCUCAGCCAUGGUUGAUAGUCAGCCUACUAAGUUUGUAUCUGAUACUCAUGUUACUGAAACAGGCCUUGGCAAGAGCCUUAAAACAUUUAGUUUUGAUAUGCAAUCAAUCUUACAAGCCAUGGAAUCAGGAUUUUCUGCUUAAGUGCUCUGCAUGGCUUUGAUUAUGAAGGUUAUCUCACAUCUCACAUGUUCUGCGGCAAUGAUAAUCGAGUUAAGCGGUGCAUAUUAAUUAUCUAAGGUAGUUAUGCUUCUGUACAUUGUUUUUCAGGAGUUCUAGGUACUUGUACAAAAUGUAUAGAAUUCCGUCAAAGUAAAGACAGACUGUCCAUUUUGUGAAUCUUUGCUUCUAGCAAAGUGUCAUUUUACUUGAUUUUUAGAAUAUCGUGAAUUAAACGGAGUAUUGUUCAAACCUA